GUUGAAUCGAUGGAGAAUAAUUAUAUACUCUCUGGCUUACAUCCGUGGAAAAAUUCAUGUAUGGAGGAGAAUUUGAUGGAGUUAAUUACUCAAGCAACAUGGGAGGAUAAUGUAAAUUCUUUGGUGAAUUCUCACUUAGAUUCACAACCGUCAGAAAAUUUAAACAUGGAAGAUAGUCUGAUGGAGUUAAUUGCUCAAGACACAUUGGAUCAUAUUGUAAAAUCUAUAGAUGAUGAUGAUGAUGAUGAUGAUGAUGAUAACGAAGAAAUAAAACGAAACGUUGCGUGUUGGAACAAUGAUUUUUACGAUGAAAAAAGAGCAUUAGAAGUAGAUUUAAUAACUCUCAAGGCGAUGGAAGAGUAUGAAAAAAAAUUGAAAAACAAAAAUAAAAAAAAUUGUUUACAAUGAUAAUUAUUUAUUUAAAAANUU